GCGGACCCCUCGUGAGAGUUCUACUGACACCCCUUCCUCCGGCAUGGCGGUCAUCACAUCUGACCAAUGGCAGGCCAUGCUGGACGCAGCGGACGAGAGCCAGAAACCGUUCUUUCAAAAACUGUAUGAUGAUGUCGUGCAGAGGGAAAGGGAGGCAGCGGCAACAGCUAGAGCCGCCGACAUUGCUGAUCAGGUGGCUCUCCUUCAGAUCCCGGAAGCCAAUGCUGACCGGUUCCAGGAGGAACUAGCUGCUGUUGUAGCAGCCUUGGUCCGACUUGAGUCUCGUAUGACAACACUUGAGCAGCGGAACGAAGAGCUGCAGGCUAAAGUAAUUAGCCUUGAACAGUCCCAGCUGUCUGCCUCCCGCCCUCCUAACCCUCGAUCUGCUAUAAUCCCAACCUCUCAAGCCAACACAGCCCUCGUGCCAAGGGCAAGCGGAAUUGUGGCAAGCGCAGGAACCGGCGCCAGCUCCUCGAGCGGCAGCACCGGCAGUUCUGCGCUGGUCAUGGUCCCGAAUGCAGGGACAUCAGCCCAAAACGCCGCAGUCCUUACUGGCGUUCAGUACAGCGGUCCCAUGGUGGACAAGCGGGCGGCCACGCUGCCGUCCAAGUACGACGGGAAGGCAUACAUUACCUCUUGGAUUAGUGCCAUGCGGUCAUACUUCGAGGUCAUGCGGACACCGCAGGAGGACCGAAGUAUGAUCAUGGGGACUAAUACUGAGCCCGCCGUACGAAACCACAUUGAGCUCCAAGCUGUCGCAGCAGGCUAUGAACGCAUAGACCUGACUGAAUGGCUGAAGGUCACCCCUGUUUGCACCCUUGAGGAUCUUCUCCUUGACCGGUCAGUGCGCAGGCGCAAGGAAGCUGAGUUUGUACAUAUAGCUUUUGUAAAGCCUCUCCAUGUGCCUUCUACUUUUGCUGCAUUUUCUACCUCUGAAGGUAACUUUACCUCUACUACCUCUACUUCUGUUCCACCUACUUCUACUGUGAAUAAUCAACCCACUUCUGAUCCGCAUGCUUCAAAGCCAGUUGUAAUUGCUGUAAAUUCCCAAUCUGUUUUUCUUUCUCCCGAUGAGGAUGAUCCUCCACCGGAAAUCCCAGCAAACAUUCGCCAUCUAUUAGAUCGAUUUCCUGAAGUGUUGGCUGAGCCUCGCGGAGUUCCCGAGCGUCCAGUCAAGCACAAAAUCGAGAUAAUAGAAGGGAGUGUUCCUCCAAAGGGCUGCGUCUACCACAUGGGACAAGGCGAGUUGGAGGAGCUGCGGAGACAAAUCAAUGACAUGAUUGAUCGUGGAUGGAUUAGGCCUAGCGAGUUUGAAUUUGGCGCACCUGUCUUGUUUGUGCCGAAGAAAGGAGGCAAACUCCGGAUGUGCAUUGAUUAUCGUGGCUUGAAUCAGAUCACAAGGAAAAAUGCCUACCCUUUGCCUCGUAUAGAUGACCAAUUAGAUGCAGCCGGUGGGUGUAAAGUUUUCUCCAAGAUCGACCUCAAGUCUGGCUACCACCAGAUUGAAGUUGAUCCGAGCGACCAGCACAAAAACUGCAUUCAAGACACGCGAUGGGUUGGAACGAACGGGAAGGAACUUAGUCCUUACUUGGUGGAAAGCGAGGGCAAGGGAAGGGCAGCCGGUCCCUUGUGCCACCAAGAAGGGAAGGAUACGAAACUAUUGAGAGCAAUUGCGAAAGCGGAAAGGAGUGCUGAUUUUGGACGAGGUGAAGUAAGAGAAGAUGGAGGAGACGGGGAGGGAGAUGAGGGAGAUGGAGAUGGAGAAGAAGGGGAGGAAGACAAGAAGAAUGAAAGUGAAGAGGAGGAAGGAGGAGAUGAAGAGGGGAGAGAAGAGCAGGAAGAAGGAGGGAGUGAGGAGGAAGAAGAGGAAGAAGAAGGAGGAGAGGAAGAAGGAGAAGAAGAGGAAGAAGAAGAAGAGGAAGAAGAAAAAGAAGAAGAAGAAGAAGAGGAAGAAGAAGAAGAAGAAGAAGAUGGAGUUGAAGAAAGGAAGAAGGGGCAGUACAGUGGCAGUAGGGACGAGGAGAUGGAGAAGCGGAUCUCGGAGUGGGUCGCCAACUUAUCCCUGGGCGAAGAAGAAGAGGUGGCGAUGUAUAUCUCUAAGGACGAUCAGGAAGCCGCUAUGAGAGUCUGGGAAGCAGAAAAAGAUGUCGUAAAGCGGCAGGCGUUGGAAGACGAAAAGAGGAUGGAGUGGAAAUUGGUCGUGAUGAGGGAGAAGAAGAGGAGAAUAGACGCGGCAGCGGAGGCGGCAAAAAAACUGGAGGAGGUACAAAAGAUAGAAGAGCAAUUAUCCGCCCAGACGGAACUCCCAAAGCAAAUGCAGGUCAUAGCUCGAAACGUUGCACGCCUGACACGAAUUCAGGCGGAGCAAUAUGACUUUAGUAGGAGUCAACACAUAGCUGUGCGUUCAAUAAAGUUGGGAUUCCGGGACGUUGCUCGUGAGUUGGUAGGCGCUAUAGGCACCGAGGUGGGGCAUCGCCUCGAGAAGAUUGAGUGGUUCUGUGCCGGCGCCAUUGAAGGCGUUAAAGCGGCAGCUCCCAAGGAGGAGGAAGCACGUCCUCCUCGCCAGGAGCCGGUCAAAGUCAAAUUCCCUGAUUCCUACAGUGGAAAACGGGAAGAAAACUUUGACAAUUGGGAGGCCAAUGUCAAGACCUAUGUGCAUCUGCAACAGGUCUCCCCAGAUCAGCAGGUCCUAAUUGUGAUCCACGCGCUUAGAGAUGAGGCCGCCAGCUUUGCAAGGUCCCUAGUUCGCGCUGCCAACUGUAGUGACGAUCCAGUUGCGUACUCCUCGUUCACGUCCCUCACUGAAUUCUUGAAGCUGCUGCGCGAGCGAUUUUUUGUCGCUCGCAGUCUUAAGGCCUCAGAUAAGCUCCUGACGAUCCAUGCCCGCGUAUUUCCGCCUAGAGAAAGAUGGGAAAGUGGAUCCCUGACUCUUCUCGUGGAAGACAACCUCCCAUUUGAUAUUGUUCUGGGAAUGGAUUGGGGAGAGGCAGCAGGGGCCACGCUCCAUUUGAAGGAGCACGAGUGUAGGUUCCCUAGUUCUUCAGGCGAGGCUAAGACUGCCCGCCUGUUUCACGUGUCAGGAGCAGAGAAUCCACUGCCACAUUGCUGCCUUAGUGCGCCUGCAUUUGCCAGAUUAGUAAAGAAGGAGAAACUGGAGGAACAGGUUUUUGUCGCCUAUGUUAGGCCGGUGACUGAGCCUACAGAAGAAAAGCCGAUGGACCCUACGAUUGCCAAGCUGUUGGAAGAGUUCAAGGAUCUAACUGAGCCGCCGAUAGGAGUAGUACCGCGGCCCAUCCAGCACCGCAUUGAGAUAGAGCCUGGCAGUAGAACUCCUAAGGGUGCUGUGUAUAGGAUGUCCCCAUGGGAGUACCUCGAAGAUGAAGCUGGAGCUAUGGCGCUGCAGGUAGUACCUAAUGCGGUGGCCUUGUAUACUACUGGGAGUUAUGGAUCUGGAGGAAAGGACUCUGAUGACACUGAUCCAUAUGAAGUGGUCAGUGCUUCCGAACCGGGUCUGGAAACGCUUCCCUCAGCUGUGCGCUGGCGUGUGAGGGCAUUGAAAAAACUUCACAAAAAGAUUCAGGAUCUGCAGGAGGACAAGCUGAAUGCGAUUGUAGCAUCCAGGGAAGAUUUUGCAACAAAAGGCGGCCCUAUAUAUGCGAAGCGGAGGCAGAUCAUACUUGGGAAAAAGGGUUUGGCGGUUGCUGAUGGAAGUGAGGACAUCAGUGGUGGAAAACCGAGCUGGUUUCUUGCAGUUCCAAGGUUUUGGCUGCUUGCACUCAAGGGUUCAUCAACGACCGUUGAACUGAUUCGGCGACGAGAUGAAUCCGUCCUCAGUUAUUUGGUCGAUAUUCGGUACAAGCGCAUUAUGGAGGGUUUCACACUGGACUUUGAGUUUCUGCUGAACCCAUUCUUCACAGAUCGGGUGCUCUCGAAGACCUUCUUUCUGCGCCAAGAUGGCGAACUGGUGACAGGCUCUGAGGAGUCGGUGGUGCACUGGAAAGAGGGAAAGAAUGUCACUGUACGACAGACCAAGGAUGAGAAGAGUGGUAGAGUUGUCUUCAAACCGUGUGCAAGUAUGGCAAAGGAGGAUGAGACGGGUAAUCAUGAAAGCGAGGGAGGACCAGGCUUAGGAGGCAGUGCUGAGCAAAGCAAGGAAGGGCAGAAGGACAGGGAAUCAGCAAAUCCGAAUGGCACCAAAGGGAACCGGAAGGAAAUGUCCUCAGGAGAGAGCUUGGGAAAAGCCGGGGGAAGCAGACAGGGGACCCAGGAAAACAAGGAGGGCAGGAAUAAGGAUAGGGGGUGCCCCGAGAACUCGGAGGGAGCUGUGUCUAAGAAAGUAAGGGUCACGGACGCGAGGCGCAAACUAGCAGAAAUAGAGAAAAGGACCGCGGAAUACAAGGCAAGGUUAAUUGAGGCAAUGAUGAUUGGGAACGAGGAAGGCCCUCUGCAGGAGGUACCACGGGACGAACGGAACACCAGUCGGGGCGGAACUGGGCAAGGGGACAAGGGUAGUGACCGUGGGGGAACGCCGAGCAAAAGAAGGAAAGAGAGAGAGAACUCUCCGGGAAUGGAAGCAGAGAAGGCGACGAACCCCUUAGCCACAGACAGUAGGGCUAGCCGUCUGCCGGCCUCACCAGCAGCAUCGCAAGGAUGCAAAGGGCUCUGGAGCCUGAGAGAAAGGGUGUUGGGAUGGUUCGACCCGGAAGGAACGGUGAAGACUAGAGGGGGGCAGAAAGCCAGCAAGGAAGGGCCAGAUACCAGCGUGGCAGGCGAGGCCAGUCGCUCCGAAGGUGGCCUUAGGAAGAUAUUCCUGAUCGACUACGAGAACCUAGUUGCGUUACUAAAGUGGACCGAGGAGGAAAAGAUGGACCAUCUAGGACAGCAUGUGUCGUUAAGCCUAGGACGGGACAUAAUGGCCAUUGUAGCCGCAAGCCGGUCUUGGAAGGAGACCCGGGAUGUGAUGAUGAGGAAGUACCUAGCCGCAGAGAAAAUGGCAACGGAGGCCGACCUAGCGACAGUUCAGAGGAAGAACUUUGCAACGUACAAUGAUUUCCUAUGGGAAUUUACUCUACUAGCACUAAGGAUCCGCGAGGUCACGGACCGGAUCAUGAGCAAAUAUUUCCUCAGACAGUUCUCCGAGUUCGACAAAGACAAGAUCCUGUCAGCUUACCAACAGACGAGCAAGUUCGUAAACACGCGGGAUGUUGAUUUUAGCACGGCAACGGAUCUGGCUGAGAAAACGGUAGUAACAGAGACGUUGGCCUUGCUCAAGGAAGGAGAGAUCAUAGAUCUGACCGGUAGGACGGGCGACAAGGUAAAUAAGGGGAUUGAAAGUCUACAUGAACGGGUGCACGGGGUCGACAAUAAGAUUGAAAGGAUGGAAGGCGCGCUACUGGUUAUGCAGGCGCAAGUAUCCCGACCUGCCCUCCCUCCCCAGGAAGCUGUGGUUCCGCCAGGUGUAGCCAACCGGGGAUUCAGACGGAGAGAUCCUGCUAACGAGCAAUGCAAGUACUGUACUGCGAUAGGACAUUAUGUGCGCGCGUGCCCAAAGCUCAACCACGAUAUUCUGAAAAGAAGGUGUACCAGGUCAUUAAAAGGGAAGAUAUUUGGACCACAAGGGGAACGGGUAAACUGGAACUCGCCAGGCAGGAUGCGGCGAGCCAUUAUCAUGCUCAACGGGUUAGAAAUAACGGCCGUAGAAGCCGAACCGGUGGGCGAGAUCAUCUGGGAUAAACUCCGGGGGCGCGGGCCGCAGGCCAACUUUAUUUUGGAAAACGACGGACGUGAUAGGGUGAACGCAACCACUCGACUGGGAACGGCCGGGAGAAGGAUUAACCGUGACACCAUUAUGGAGGAGGUCGCAGGAAGCUCCGAACCCCAGGCAGAGCCUGAGGCCGAGGAACCAGAGAAAGUCUAUGGGAAGCCUAGGGAAGAGGAGCCUGCGGACAAGGUUACCGCCACUAAGAAGAAGUUUCGGUAUCAAAUCCCGAUCUUAACCUUGCCUGAGCUCGACGACACCAUUAGCAAGUUACAAGGAACCAUGGUGUCGGUGUCUUUUCAGACCAUGCUGCAGGCUAGCCCUAGGUUGCUCAAAGGGCUUAGACAACUGUUGACUCGGAGGCCAGUAGAAAUAGGCGACAACCCUGAAUUACCAGAAGGGGAGAGGGAGGAGGAAGCUCCGCAAGAAGUGGCUAACCUUCAGAGGAGUCACGGGGACUUGGAGGAUCUCGAAAAAGCCUUUGCAGACAUUCGUUUGAGCUUGCCCGACCGGGAGGGCGGCGAAGUCAUGAGAUCACCACCCGGGACAAAGCUUAGCUUUCAUGCACUGCCCGUAGGGAAACUGAAAAUCCAGAUCGGGACUCAUCAUACCGACGCGUUAGUAGACGGGGGAGCAGAAAUCACUCUCAUAAGACAAGAUUUCGCAACGAUCACAGGAUGUACGGUAAACAAGGAAGUAAUAGGGAGCAUCCAGGGAGCUGGCGGGGAAAUCCCGUUCAUGGGAGAAGUAACAGACCUCCUCCGAGCAAAGAUGGAGUCCUUCGUUGCGGAGCCUACGGCAUCGCCAUACGCAAAUCGGUGGUUCGUCUUUCGGAAGCCUAACAAGACACUAAGGUGGAUUCAGGACCUGCAGAUGUUGAAUGCGGUAACCAUCCGGGAUGCUGGCUCGCUACCUCAGGCUGACUUAUUAGCAGAAUCGCACGCCGGUCGGAGCAUUUACUCCUUGAUAGAUCUGUACUCAGGGUACGACCAGCUUCCGCUGGAUGUUCGGGACAAGCCAUACACCGCUAUGCACACCCCCGUAGGCCAACUACAGAUGCAAGUGACCCCUAUGGGAUUCACAAACGCGGUGGCCGAAGCGCAACGCAGGAUGCUCGYCGUGGYCGGGGACAUGUUCCCAGAAAAAUGUGAGCCUUACAUCGAUGACAAUCCGAUCAAAGGCGCGCAGGAGAAGGACGAGACGGAAGUCCAGCCAGGGAUUCGACGUUUUGUGUGGGACCACCAGCAGGACAUCAAGGACUUACUCCACCGGUUCCUAGUAUACAACAUUACGGCUAGUGGACCAAAGAUUAUCCUAGCAGUACCGGAGGUAACUAUACUAGGAUUUCGUUGCGGUGCUUACGGCAGGAAGCCGGAUCCAGCAAAGACCGACAAGAUAUCACAGUGGCCGACACCGCUGCGCACGGCGACGGAGGUAAGGGCAUUCCUAGGCGUAGUCGGCUUUUGGAGGAUCUUUACCGACAAGAUAUCACAGUGGCCGACACCGCUGCGCACAGCGACGGAGGUAAGGGCAUUCCUAGGCGUAGUCGGCUUUUGGAGGAUCUUUAUUAAGAACUUUGCCAAGAUUGUUGAGCCUAUCCGAGCUAUGAUCAGGGAAGAAGGAACCAUGGAUUGGACGGAGGAGCGAGAAGGAGCUGUCCAAAGGCUCAAGGACAUAUUGACAUCUAAGACAGUCGCCCUGUCUGCGCCCUGUUUUAAUGACGAAGUGGGACGACCCUUCAUCCUAGAGACUGAUGGAGGACCUUUGGCCGUAGGAGGUGUGUUGAUUCAAAGGGAUGAGGGAGGAAAAGAGAGGCCGAUUAGGAUCGAUCCGAYGAAUGUUGCAGGGGCCUUAAAGAAUUACAGGCCUAUAGAUCCGACGGUGGGGAGAUGGGUAGGAUUUAUCUGGCAGUUCGAUUAUAAGAUCGAACGGAUUGCRGGAAUUAGGAACAAGGCUGAUGGGCUGAGCCGGGUCURCAUCACUCCCGAAGGGGUGGAGGAUGCGGAGCCCAUAGACGCGUUCCUCGAAUACGAAGGAGGAACUCUUGCGGUGGAUAACGAAAGGAUGAGCGAAGGAUGCACGUCGGGAGAACUAUUGAUCCAGACUUUGGAGAAGGGGGCACCUGCCGUAGUAACAGAACUUAAAGAAGGACCAGUCACCACUCGAGGACGUAGAGAAGAAAACGACUCAUGGGGAGCGAUAGUAGGACCGAAAGAGGAGCUUAUAGCAAUGGCGGUCGAAGGAGGACGGGAAGCAGUGAUGAGCUUGGUGGAAUCUAGGGAAAGGAAAAAGUUGCAAUGGGUGGUAAACCAGAUGCGGGAAGGAAAGGAUGGGGGCAAGGAAGGAGAGGAGUUUUUAUAUGUCCAAUCAUACGAAGGGCUCUUUCGGGAGAUCGGGCUGUUAUUGGUAGGAAACAAACAACCUACGGAAGUCAGUAUUAAAGCAAGAGAAGAAGCUGAAAGAUACGUCCUAAGGGGCGGGCAUUUGUUCCGAAGGGAGGAAGGUACUAUGCCCAGAAGGGUUGUGUGCGGAAGAUCUAGGCAAUUAGACGUUAUCCAGGCAAUGCACGAUGGGUUGGCUGGAGAUCAUCGGUCGUCCAAAGGAACGCUUGCAAAGAUAACGCCACUCUAUUAUUGGCCAGGCAUGGCAGGCAUGGUCGCCAUAUACUGCCAGACUUGCCUUAUUUGCCAAGAACGAAGCUCGGUGCGGGUCUUCGAGCCACUUAGACCAACGCGGGUGCUAGGGCCGGGGCAUCUGGUCCACCUCGACCUUGCGGUCGUGCCUGUAUCAACGGAUGGGUACAGGUAUAUCCUGGAUGCGCGAGACAACCUGAGUGGGUUCUUGAAGGCAGUCGCCCUCAAGAAAAAGACAGGGAGGAGUGUGGCGGAAUGGAUAGAAGACUUCUACUUGAGGCAUCCGUUCGUCAGGAGGUUUAUAGCAGACAAUGGGACGGAGUUUGUGAACCAAGAAGUAUUGGGGAUGCUUAAGAGACUCUGCGUACCAAUCAAACUCAUCGAGCCGUAUCACCCUGAGGCCAAUGCACCUGUGGAAAGGGGGCACCGAACCUUGAAGAACACGAUUGCAAAGCUCGCAGCGGACCAUCUGGGGAACUGGCCUAGGUAUCUUAAGCACGUUGUCUUUGCAGAGAAUAUGACCCCUAAAAGGACAACAGGAUGUAUCCCGGCAGAGCUUUGGUACGGAGGAGAGAUCGACUUUCCUGUGGAAGCCUUGGUACCUACCUGAAAUAGGUUAGAUGAUGAUCCGCAAAUGACCACCGAAGAGUUAAUCGAGGCAAGAUGUUAACAAAUCCUUAAGAAUGAG